AUGUCUGCUGUGAACCGUCGUACAAUUCGUACUUUGCGUGUGUAUAUGCGAUUACUACUUGGAUUACAACGUGCUCGAUCUGUUGCUUUAACAGAAGAUGAUGAUAUUGUUGUGAUGCAAAAUACAAAAUAUGAGUCACAAGACCCCUCUCUACUUACAACUUAUAAACGUAUAGCAAUUAAAGACAGUACAGUAAAAAUUCGUUUACACGCACCAACUCAAUUACUGGAUAAAUCUGUUUAUCGUAAUCCUAAAAACAUAAUAGUGUUAAAGACGAUGGUUUAUAAAGUAGAUACAAUGAAUGAUGCUGACAAAAGUUGGAAAUUCGGAAAUGCGAUUUAUGAAUACGAGAUUGUCACUAAUUAA